AUGGAGGCCAGCAGCAAGAAGCAGUAUGCCCUCCUCCUCGCUGCUGAAGACUCGGAGUAUGUGAAGAAGAUCUAUGGAGGCUACUUCAAUGUCUUCAUGGAGGCAUUUGGUGAUGAAGGUGAGACAUGGGACCUUUAUAGAGUUAUAGAUGGUGAAUUCCCCGGCAUGGAGGAGAUCGAUGGCUACGAUGGUUUCGUCAUCAGUGGUAGCCCCCAUGAUGCCUAUGGCAAUGAUCCCUGGAUCCUAAGGCUCUGCUUCCUACUCCAGACCUUGGUUGCCAUGCAGAAGAGAGUCCUAGGCAUUUGCUUUGGCCACCAAGUAUUGUGCCGGGCAUUGGGAGGCCGAGUGGGAAAGGCUUAUGGCGGGUGGGACAUUGGAGUAAGGAAGGUGAUCAUGAUGGAAGACUUGUCGCAGUGCAAACUCCUUGGACGUGUUCAGGAGUUCCCUCACAGUGCUCUAAUCAUAGAGUGCCAUCAAGAUGAGGUGUGGGAAGUGCCGUCGGGGGCCGAGGUGCUCGCCUUCUCGGACAAGACCGGCGUCGAGAUGUUUGCAAUUGGAGACCAUGUCUUGGGAAUCCAAGGGCACCCAGAGUACACCAAAGAUAUCUUGAACAAUCUCAUCGACCAGCUUGCUAACAUGAACACCAUUGAUAGAGGUUUUGCUGAUGAUACCAAAAGAAGAAUGGAGGCAGCUGAACCUGACAGGAGCUUUUGGGGGAAGGCAUGCAAGGGAUUCCUCAAGGGAAGACAAAGCCACUGAUCUAAACCUUUUGUUGCUUGGGUGGUGACACUGUCACCUUUGAUUGCUCAAAAGAAAAAGAAAUAAAGAUUGUUGUUGCUCUUUUAACGGGUCCUGUUUUGGUAUCCAGAAUCAGAAGCGGUUUCUGA